AUGGUAAGAAAGAGGAAUAAAGGGGGACCAGCCCGGUCCCCUGUGAUUUCAGAAGAAGCCAGGACGCGAUUAGAUGACGCCCUCCAAAAGUUCAUCGAUUCCAAAGAACUACAAUACAUAUUUGGGACCGAGCUCACCACCAAUGAACGGGCCUACGUGCACGGACAGUGCCUGAAAUUGGAUUUGAAAUCCAAGAGCAGUGGGUCCGGUAAAACUCGGAGGAUUCGGGUUUUCAGGCGGUUUAGGGGGGAGGAAAACGUCAAUGCUGCGGACAUAAUCCCCCGGGUUGAGUUUUCGGAAGGCUCAGCAGAAGUUUUGGGGGAUUUGUUCAUGCGUUACCCUCCCGGAGAUGGAGAGGGAGCCGAAGAAAGGAUGGGUGAAGGUUGUCAAAAUAUUCAGAAAGCCCUUCGGAAGAAAGACCCCUUGUUCUGCAGAACUUCAAUGGGCCGGGAUGAAGUUGUAAAGAAAGCGGAAGCGCAUGCUAAGAUGAAAAACUCCAAGAUUACAGAGGACAGGCUUAAGCUACCAAUGGCAUCCUAUAAGGAUGUGGUAACUUCCGCAGUUGAUUCUAACCAGGUUGUUCUUAUAUCUGGUGAAACUGGGUGCGGAAAGACCACACAGGUCCCGCAAUAUCUUUUGGACCAUAUGUGGGGUAAGGGUAAGCCAUGUAAAAUAGUGUGCACUCAACCGAGGCGUAUCUCAGCAAUAUCAGUUGCUGAGAGAAUCUCGUAUGAAAGAGGGCAGAGUGUUGGCGGGGAUAUUGGAUACAAGAUACGGUUGGAAAGCAAAGGUGGGAAGCACUCAUCUGUUGUGUUCUGCACAAAUGGGAUUCUAUUGAGGAUUCUAAUUUCCAGUGGCGGUGGUAGGUCAAAAACAGAUGCAUCGAAUAAAGAAACCAAACGACAGGAUCUCUCUGACAUAACUCACAUUAUUAUGGACGAAAUUCAUGAAAGGGAUCGCCACUCUGAUUUCAUGCUGGCUAUUCUCAGAGACAUGCUUCCUUCACAUCCUCAUCUGCAUCUGAUUUUGAUGAGUGCAACUGUUGAUGCGGAACGCUUUUCACAAUAUUUUGGUGGCUGCCCAGUUAUCCGUGUCCCAGGGUUCACUUAUCCUGUCAAAACUUUCUAUUUGGAGGAUGUAUUGUCUAUCUUGAGAUCUGUUGAAAAUAAUCACUUAGAAAACCCUGCAUUAGAUACCUCAACCUCAGCCCAUGAUUUGUCAGAGGAAGAUAAGCUUGCUUUAGAUGAAGCAAUUAGUUUGGCUUGGUCAGAUGAUGAUUUUGAUCCACUUCUAGAAUUGGUUUCUACUAAAGGAACCUAUAAAGUCUUUGAUUACCAGCAUUCUGUAACUGGACUUACACCAUUAAUGGUGUUUGCUGGAAAGGGUAGAUUAGAUUAUGUUUGCAUGCUGCUAUCCUUUGGUGCAGACUGCCAAUUACGGGCCAAGGAUGGAACCACUGCAUUAGAGUUGGCUGAGCAGCUAGACCAAUUAGAAUCUGCUCGAAUGUUGAAAGAGCAUAUGGAAAGUGCUCUUACUAACUCCAUGGAACAACAAAAUUUGCUCGAGAAAUAUCUCAAAUAUUUUAAUCCCGAGAAUAUUGACUUCAUUCUUAUCGAGCAAUUGUUAACAAAAAUUUGUAGUGAUUCAAAAGAUGGAGCUAUUCUUGUCUUUCUUCCAGGGUGGGAUGACAUAAAUAAAACGCGGGACAGAUUACUCAUGAAUCCAUAUUUCAGAGAUCCUUCCAAGUGUGUGAUUAUCCCUCUACAUUCAAGUGUUCCCGCUGCUGAACAAAAGAAGGUCUUCAGCCGUCCACCUAGUGGUUGCCGAAAAAUUGUUCUUUCAACCAAUAUUGCUGAAACUGCAGUCACCAUUGAUGAUGUGGUUUAUGUUAUAGACACUGGUCGGAUGAAAGAAAAAAAUUAUGAUCCUUUUAAUAAUGUUUCAACUCUUCAAUCUUCUUGGGUGUCGAAAGCGAGUGCCAAGCAGCGACAGGGGCGUGCGGGCCGUUGUCAACCUGGAAUCUGUUAUCAUCUUUACUCUAAACUUCGAGCAGCUACACUGUCAGAUUUUCAGGUGCCUGAGAUUAGGAGAAUGCCAAUUGAGGAACUUUGCCUUCAGGUGAAGUUGCUUGAUCCGGAUUGCAAGAUAGACGAGUUCCUAAACAAGACACUGGAUCCUCCUCAAUCUGAGACCAUACAGAAUGCGAUUUCUGUUCUUCAGGAUAUUGGGGCUUUGUCGGUGGAGGAAAGCCUUACAGAACUUGGGGAAAAGCUAGGUUCUUUACCUGUUCAUCCAUUGACGAGCAAGAUGCUAUUCUUUGCUAUACUGAUGAACUGUCUCGACCCAGCUUUAACCCUGGCCUGUGCUGCUGACUACAAGGAUCCAUUCAUUCUUCCUAUGGAGUCUGAGGAAAAGGAGAAAGCUCUUGAUGCUAAGGCUGAACUUUGUUCGUUGUACGGUGGCCAUAGUGAUCAGCUGGCACUCAUAGCAGCAUUUGACUGCUGGAAGAUUGCACAAGAACAGGGUAGGGAGAGUCGCUUCUGUGCCAGAUACUUUGUCUCUGGAAGUACCAUGCAUAUGCUAUCUGGUAUGCGGAAUCAACUCCAAACGGAGCUAAUUAGGCUGGGGUUUAUUCCUGAGGAUGUGUCAAGAUGUAGCUUGAAUGCACACAAUCCAGGUAUAAUCAACGCUGUCCUGGUGGCUGGUUUGUAUCCCAUGUUGGGAAGAGUGCUUUCUACUACUAAGGGUGGAAAAAGAAAAGGAACCUUUAUAGAGAUUCCUAAUGGUAGUAAUGUUCGUUUGCACACUCGGUCUACUAUUUCGAAAUUAGAGUUCAAUCCACGUGGUGGUCCUCCAUUGGUUGUGUAUGAUGAGAUAACCCGUGGGGAUGGGGGUUCGAGCAUACGAAACUGUAGUGUGGUUGGGCCACUUCCAGUAUUAUUGCUGGCAGCAGAAAUAGCUGUUGCUCCAGCCAAUGAUGACGAGGGAAGUGAUGUUGAUGAUAAUGAUCAUGGAAGUGAUGAAGAUGCAAUGGAGAUUGAUUGCAAGUCGGGUGGACAGCACGAAGAGAAGAUUAUGUCUUUACCUGAUAAAUCUGUGAUGAUUAUAGUGGAUGGGUGGCUUUAUUUUCAGUCGAAAGCUCUUGACGUUGCUCAGAUAUAUUGCUUGAGGGAACGCCUGUCUGCGGCAAUACUGUUCAAGGUUACUCAUGCAAAGGAAGUUUUGCCUCCUGAUCUUGGGGAGUCUAUUUAUGCUAUAGCCUGUGUUCUAUCUUAUGAUGGUCAAUCUGGGAUUCCAUUGCAAAAGUCAAACCAGGUUCCCGUCUCAAAUGGAACUGUAAAGUUGAGCGAUUACCCUCCCAGUGUUCCGUCACCACGGGUUUCCAGAAACAGAAUCCGGCCGUCCCCGUCACAAGUUCCAGUUGGAAAGGUAAACGUUAAAGUGAAAAAGAAGAAAGCAGCGGAAUUGAAGCAGCCAUUAGUUCAGAGUGCUCCCAGGAAGCCUUUACCACAAGCUACUGAUGCAAAGUUGAGUAACGACCCAUCAAUUCAAAGUGUUCCCCCACCACCCGGUUCAAACACAACCUUGCCGCCCCCGUCGCAAGUUCCAGUCCCGGUAGGUCCUGUCGCAGGAAACAAACGGAAGAAGCGCCGGAAUCAGGCCGGUUAACGAGAUUGUUGUCGGAAUCGACCUGUAUGUUGUAGAGCAGUAGGCCUCUAGAAAUUUGUUGUUCAAGUUAUAGUCAAAACAGAUAAUGUUCAAAAGUAUUUUGUCUUUUUCUUACGUGACCACAAAGCUUCCCUAGAAGAUAAACACAUG